CCUCCUCUCCCCUCCUUCCCUGCCAUCUGCCAAGCCCACCCCUUCCUCCCUGGCCUCUCCCUUGGGCCAGGGGGGGAGCUUGGCCAGCCUGGCCCAUCCUUGCCCUGGGUUGCCAGGAGUCCGUCUGCUGGCGGGUGGUCCUCCUCUUCCUCCUGGCCCCAUCCAUCAGGGCGGCCCUGGCUUAGGCAGCCUCCUCCCUUUGCUCCUCAUCAUCGCCAGGGUCUCUCUGCCUGCCAUCCAGCCUGGGAGUGGGCAGGAGGAGAAGCCAUGCCUGGGCUACCAGCUUGAGAAAAAGAAGGAGGAGGAGGAGGAGGAUCGCCUGCUGCUUGCUGGCUUUUCCUUUUUUGCAAGCAUGAGUCCGGCGUGAGCGCAGCAGCCCCAGGAGGAGCAUCUAUCUCCAUGGUGCAGGAGGGAGGCAUGUCACGCACACCUUACAGCUCCAGCCAAGACAUCCAGAUGGAGGUCUUAGACAACCCUGGGCUCCAGGGGAAAUAUAGCAAAAGGAAGAAUCGCUUCAAACGUUCUGAUGGCAGUACCUCCUCUGACACGACUUCAAACAGCUUCGUCAGACAGGGUUCUGCUGAGUCCUAUACCAGUCGUCCUUCUGACUCGGAUGUGUCCCUGGAGGAAGACCGUGAAGCCCUACACAAGGAAGCAGAGCGUCAGGCCCUGGCACAGCUAGAGAAAGCCAAGACCAAGCCAGUAGCAUUUGCUGUGAGGACAAAUGUGGGUUAUAAUCCUUCUCCCAAUGAUGAUGUACCAGUCCAAGGCAUGUCUAUUUCCUUUGAACCCAAAGACUUCCUUCAUAUCAAAGAGAAAUACAACAAUGAUUGGUGGAUUGGACGGCUGGUCAAAGAAGGCUGCGAGGUUGGCUUCAUCCCUAGCCCUGUCAAGUUGGAGAACAUGAGGAUGCUCCAAGAGCAAAAGAUGCGGCAGCACCGGCUCAGCUCCAGUAAAUCAGGAGACAACUCCACCUCUAGCCUGGGAGAUGUGGUGACAGGGCCCCGAAGACCCACCCCACCUGCUAGUGGUAACUUGGAGAUGACUAACUUAGCUUAUGACCCAGAUGCCCUUGAAUUAGAGGAGGAGGAGGAGGCAGCAACCGAAGAAAACCAGCGAACCCCUAAGUCUAGUGUUAGCAGCGUCACCACUCCCCCCUCCACCACCAAGCGCAUCGCCUUCUUUAAGAAGACAGAACAUGUGCCACCCUACGAUGUCGUUCCUUCCAUGCGACCCAUCAUUCUUGUAGGCCCAUCCUUGAAGGGAUAUGAGGUGACGGACAUGAUGCAGAAAGCUUUGUUUGAUUUCCUGAAACGCCGAUUCGAUGGCAGAAUAUCCAUCACACGAGUGACAGCUGAUAUCUCCCUGGCCAAGCGCUCAGUUCUCAAUAACCCAAGCAAACACACCAUCAUUGAACGGUCCAGUACCCGCUCUAGCCUGGAUGUCUUGGCCGAAGUGCAGAGUGAAAUAGAACGCAUCUUUGAGCUGGCCCGCACACUGCAGCUGGUAGCCCUGGAUGCAGACACCAUCAAUCAUCCAGCUCAACUCUCAAAGACCUCAUUAGCACCAAUCAUUGUCUAUAUCAAGAUAUCUUCCCCUAAGGUGUUGCAGAGACUGGUGAAAUCUCGAGGCAAAUCCCAGGCCAAGCACUUGAAUGUGCAGAUGGUGGCAUCUGACAAAUUGGCACAGUGCCCCCCAGAGAUGUUUGACAUUAUCCUGGAUGAAAACCAAUUGGAAGAUGCCUGUGAGCACCUAUCUGAGUACCUGGAAGCCUACUGGAAGGCCACACAUCCCCCCAGUAGCAACCCACCCAAUCCCCUGCUAACCCGCACCAUGGCAACUGCUGCUCUGGCUGCCAGCCCUGCCCCAGUCUCCAACCUUCAGAGACCCUACUUAGUGCAUGGGGAGGAGUCUCAUGACCCUGAGCAUGCCAGCCUGCACGAGUACACAGGGCAGCCAGAUGUGCGAGGCCAGAUCCGCUCCAUGCAGCCUUCCUCACACUUUGCUGCCCGGGGACUUUCCCGCCAGGACACGUUUGACACGGAGACACAGGGCAGCCGUGAUUCUGCCUACAUUGAUCCAGUAGAUUCUUGUAUGGACAUCGAGACUGACCCCUAUGAGGAACCGGAGCCUCGUCGCCCCCAGCAAGGCCGUCGCCACCCCCAGCGCCAAGGCUCCUGGGAGGCAGAGGAGCCUGAGCCUCAUCGUACCCAGUACAGGGGCCACCGCCACCCGCAGAGCUCCUGGGAAGCUGAGGAGCCUGACCGACAAAACCACAACCGGCUGCUGCAAGGGCGCAGCAAGGGGAGGGAGCGCUAUUGCCAGAAUGAGGAAGAAGCCCUGAGUCGUAACCAUAAUGAUAUGGAAGACUGGGGGCAGGAUGCCUACAUCCGUUGAGAGGCAACUGAGGAAGAGGUCUCUUCCCACUUAGAGCCUCAUGAGGGAGGACAGAAGCUGGUUUUGGUUGUGUGGCACGUGGGGGCUUAGAUGUAAUCUGUAACAGCCUUGACCAGUUGGGGAGCAGUUAGUGGGUGGAGCCUUUGCAUUCCCAAAGCUACACUAGUACUGGCCAGAUCUGCAAGUGAACUCCCUUCCUCAUCCUUCUAGUUUAGGGACACCCUACACCCCACCUCUUUGCCUUGCCCUUUGUGCCAACAACCUCUCUGAACAUCUGUGUCCUGCCAGCCAGCACUGCCUGGCCUUUCCCUCCCACAAGGUCAUAAAUAAUCACAUGUACCUUAAAUUCUUCUUUCUACUUGGGGUCCCCUGUGGAACCUGGAGAGGGAGACAGUCGGUCCCCAUCGGUGCCUCAGAUCAUCCAAACACUCGGGUAGCAGCUGUGGUGGACAGCUGACCAUGUGCCGCCCCUCCUAUUUUGCCUACCUGCCAACCUCCAAGGCCAAACAGCUCCCCGAUUAAUAUGCCCUCCUCUCUUCUACAAAUGUAAGCUGUCCAUUGGUCUCUUCUGUUGCCUGCCUCAUGGUGCUUUACCAGCCCAACUGCUAGGGAGCAGUAGGCAGACAUCUGGGUAGGGAGGCAAAAGUCAACUCCUAGUUUGCUGUCACAAGAUUUCCUUCUUACAAGAUCUUCUCCAGUGCCUACAAACAAAAACCAGCCCCAGUCACCUUAAAGUCUUCAGCCAACCCAUCCUCUAGUGCCU